AUGCUCGAGUCACUUGCUGCUGGGUUGCUGAAUCGAGUUCUUGGGGCAUAUGUCGAGAACUUCGAUAGCACUCAACUAAACGUGGGAAUUUGGAGUGGAGACGUCAAGCUGAGAAACUUGAAACUAAGGAAGGAGUCCCUUGAUGCCUUGGAUUUACCAAUCGACGUGAAGUAUGGGUAUCUAGGGGAGUUGACGUUGGCAGUUCCAUGGAAGAGCCUUAAAAACAGACCUGUAAAAAUCUUGAUCGAUGGGGUCCAUCUCUUAUGUGGUCCUAGAGAUGAAGAAGGAGAAGACGAGAAAGACGAUGAAGAGCGGGAGUUAAGGUUCAAACUUAGGAAGCUAGAGGAGAUAGAGGAGAUAAGCAAAGCGGCUACUACUGCUAUAGGCGACAACCAAGAACAAAAUGAGACUUUCACACAGUCUUUGUUGACCAAGAUCGUGGAUAAUUUGCAGGUUUCAAUCAAGAAUAUACAUGUGCGGUACGAAGACAUGGAGGGAAUUUUUGGAGAGGAGCCAUAUGCUGUUGGGCUCACCUUGAGUGAGAUUUCAGCCGUCUCGACAAACGAAAAUUGGGUUCCUAGCUUUAUUUCGAUGACAACGGCGAUUACACAGAAGCUUUUGACCCUGGAUUCUUUGGCAGUUUACUGGAAUUCCAAUGCAGACAGUAUUUCUAGUACUGAUCACGACCAACUCCGGCUUCGCAUGGAAAACUCCAUUUGUAGUGCAAAUAAUGCAGUUGACCACAAAUUUUUACUUAGACCCGUUAGUGGAUGUGGGCGGCUAACUCUCAAUAAAGCCGGUUCAACAGAAAAACAGCCACAUAUUGACGUAAAGCUUUUGUUCGAGGAGUUUGGGCUCGACAUCAGUGACGUUCAAUAUCAGGACAUUUUGAACACGGCGUCAAAAAUUCACUGGUAUAAAAAAACCGUCAAGUUCAGAAGACAAAGGCCUAAGUGCUCUGUUUCUGAUGAUCCCCGCGCUUGGUUUGCCUAUGCCGCUCGAUCGAUUUAUCAAGAGAUUCAUGGUAGGAAUUAUAAGAUGAGUUGGGAUUUUAUCAAAUGGAGGAGGGAUAAGAGAAUUGAGUAUAUCGGGCUGUGGAAGAAGCAUUUAGCUUCAGAACACAAUGCAAAAAUGUCGCUCAAUGAAGAAGACGAAGCAGAGCUAAAAGAGCUUCAUAAGAUUUUAUCGCUUGAGGAUAUCAAGCUAUUCAGGGCUAUGGCUUCGAAACAAUUCCGUACUGAAAGCCGUGAGGCGAAGCUUUCGGGUUCCGAGCAGGGUGAAACAAAUAAAAAUGCAGGAUGGUUUUCUUCGUGGUGGAGCGGAGGCAGCUCGAACGAAGAACAGCAAGACAAAUUGGAGUUGACUGACGAGCAGAGAAAGGAGCUUUACGAUGCAAUAGAAUUUGACGAGACUAAGAUACUGUCAGAAGCAAUAAGCUUACCUCGUGAUAGGGUUGUCACAAGUGCUUCGUGCCUUUUGAAAAAGGGCUCACUUCGCUUCAUAAAUGAUUCCAAGUCGUUAAAGUUGGGUGAGGUUAUCUUUGAGAAUUGCGAAACUGACUUUUAUCAGCGCCCAGACUCUAUGCUUGCAACUUUCAGGCUGCGUGAGUUUAAAGUUGAGGAUGGCUCCCCGAACACGCUUUACAAACAUAUUGUGAGUGUUAAAAAUCUUCAAAUACAAGAUGAGGAAGGUGAGACUUCAGACCAGGAGCCAUUUUUCAAAGUUGCUCUAGAGCAAAAUCCUCUUGAUAACUCUGCUGACACCAAGGUCGAGCUACAGCUGAAAAGUAUGACCGUGUUUUAUCAUGUUCACUUCGUAAAUGAGAUCAUUCGUUUAUUUGAUCCACCCAGAAAACAUCUUGAUACCAUUGGCGCUAUUAUGAAUGCCGCGGAGGCAACAGUUGGAGGGUGGACCGCCCAAUCCAGGAUGGGAGUAGAGGCAAUACUCGAAGACCACAAAACAGUCAACGUCGAGAUGGACUUACAGGCCCCGCUCAUUAUAAUUCCAUUAAAUCCUCAUGUCUGGGAUACGCCUUGUGCAGUAAUUGAUGCCGGCCACAUAUCGCUUGCUAGUGACUUGGUUCCAAAAGAAAAGAUCAAAGAGAUGAAGGCUAUGAGUCCAGAGGAGUACGACAAAAUUGCACCUCAAGAUAUUAAAAGACUCAUGUUUGAUAGAUUUAAACUCAAACUCAACGACAUGCAGUUUCUGGUAGGCCCAGAUAUAAGGAGUACCAUUUCGAAACUGAAUUUAAGUGACAGAGAGAGUAACUCAGUUAUAUUGGACAGAAUGGAAAUGGAGCUCGAUGUCGAUAUUUCUAUCCUUCCGAGGGCUUUAACCUUACCUAAAAUUGCAAUUUACGGGAAGCUUCCACUACUUAAGCUUUCGAUUAAUGAUUAUCAAUACAAGGUUUUGAUGAAAUUGAUUGAUAAUUGUUUGCCUCAAUUUGGUAACUUUGGAACCGAGCACAGUGGUUUUGAAGGUAAUUUUUUAACAGAUAAUGAAGUUUCUACUUCUCAAUCACAAUUCGCCCGUGAAAGUCAAAUGCUGCAGGAGCAGUUGGAUGGUCUGAAAAAAAUGACACCGACUGAGCUCAAUCAACGCAUUUUUCAACUGAAGUUUGACAUCGAAUUGAUUCAUGUAUGGCUUCACAAGUGCACAGACGAGGGUAGCAUGGGCACGACGCCUUUGGUGAAUCUUGUUGGGAAGAAUUUUGAACUUGACUUGGGGAAAAAGGCCAAAAAUUUCGAGUUAGACCUUGCACUGCAUUCUCUGGACAUAGAAGAUUUUAUCGAAGAUACUCAAGUGAAUGAAACUGGUUGGAUAGUUCAAUCAACACAUGCUCAUAGUGGUGAUGACUCCGACUUAUUUAAGAUAUCCCUUGUUAGAAGCCAGAGAAUCGUGACGCACAAAGGCUUUUUAAUCGCUGUGGCAGACCAGGACGUUAUGAUGUCGAUGACCGAACUGAAGUUUACUCUGAAUCCCAAAACAAUUUUGACGUUGAUCAACUUUGCGAUAACCACAUUCACUGAUCCGAACGGACCCGAAAUGCCUGUCGAUGCUUUAAAGCACAAUGCCCCAGAUACUGAGGAUGCUCCUCAAAAAAUAAAUUUCCAUCUUUCUAUGGAUAACGUUAUAGUACUUCUCAGCGACGAGUCUACAGAUAUUGCUACUUUGGAGUUGAGUGCCGCAGAGAUAGCUUUGUUUUUACUGCCCGAGUCGAUGAACUUGAAAGCUAGUCUUGGCGGAAUUGAUCUCACAAAUGAAAUCCAUAAAGGGCUCCCUAAAACAUCACCACUGCGGAAACUUAUCACGAUUAGCGAUAACGAGCUUGUGGAGUUGACUUAUGAAACUUUCGAUCCUGCUAAGAACUCGAACAAUUUCAGCUCCUCUUUCGAUUACAGGACGGGUUCCAUGGUUAUCAAUGUUGUCGAUGAUGCCUUGAAUAGGCUUCUGAAUUACGCGGCUAAGUUUCAAAGAAUGAAAGGGCUUUUUGAUCAUGCUCGGGAACUAGCUUAUGACCAAGCAGGCAAUAUCGAGUCAGUGAAUAACAUGAAACUCAACAUCAACGUGAAGGCACCUGUAAUCAUAUUUCCCAAACUCAUAGAUCCAGGAAAGGAAACAUACGACAGCAUAACCUUCUAUCUUGGACAGCUGUAUGUUCAGAACACCUUUAAAGAGAGCGAUAAUGUCCUCAUCAACACGAUUUCUUCUGGCAUAAAGUCAGGAACUAUUUCUUCCAUUUUCCACAUGGAAAACAAUCUCCUCCAAGAAUUGCAUAUUAUUCAAGAUCUUGCCAUGCACUUUGAUAUCACUCAUAAGCCCGCAAAUGGUGAUGACGGAGGGAGCUUUGAUGUUAAAGGCUAUUUCGAACCGCUUUCAGCAAGGUUGACAGAUUUGCAGCUCCAAUACAUGUAUGUUCUAUCCCAAAAUCUUCCCAAGGCUUUGCAGAUUGAUCAAAGCGAUCUAGUAGUGGCUGAAGAUGCCGCAGUUGACGUAAGCGCUUUGAUGUUUCCAAAAGGCGAGUCUGAACUUUCUGAGGCUUCAAGUAGACCGCAAGAAAGCAGCAAUGAUAGAAAGAUUUCUUUGAGCAUGGAAUUUGCUGCUCCUAAUACUUCUUUGACACUAUAUUCAGAGACUAAGGGUUGCAAGAGCGUCGAUGAGUGUGCAAUGACAAGAUUGACUUUUCAUGACUUUGGUAUGGUCUUGAAAACCAAUGAUGACAUGGAAUUGAAUGCAGAGAUACACACUUUCUCAUUUACCGUCGAAGAUAUUAGAAAAGAGAAAGAAAACGAGUUUACCGAGCUUAUUCCGAAAACGUCAGGAGAUAAUAAUCAAUUUAUGGCAACCGUUGUCGAGCGGAAACUAGGCAGUUCUAGUGUUUUCAACAUAAGUGUGACAGUUGACACGCCUCGGCUUAUUUUGGCUUUGGAUUACCUAUUUGCACUUAAAGCAUUCUUUGAUCCGACUCUGAGCGUGAAGCCUCCGGCCAAGAUUAAUAGUGAGGAAGGACAGUUGAAAGAAAACGACUCUAUCUCUGGAGAGGGGUCUUUAAAAAUUCAUUACUCCUUAAACGUUGUUGAUGGAUCUAUCAUUCUGUUAUCAGAUCCCUCGGAUAAAAAUACAGAAGCCAUUGUGUUUAGUGCUGGACAAUUGAUGAUAGCUGACCAAAAUAUCAUGUCGGCUAAUGCCAACAACUUGGGGAUGUUUCUUUGCAGAAUGGGCUCAUUUGAUGAAAACAGAAUUAGGUUAUUAGACGAUUUCUCUUCAUCUAUUGCUGUUGAUACAAGGGACUCCAAUGCGGAAAAGUUUUUAACAAGUGUGCACAUAUCUGUGGAACCUAUAGUAAUGAGAUUAUCUUUGAGAGACAUUAGGCUGGCUCUCGCAAUUUUUGAUAAGGCAAUGAAGCUGGCCAAAAGCCACGGGCUUGCAUCAGAACCUACAUCAGAAGAGACUGAUUUUAAAACCAAAUAUGGUUCCUUCUCAAAAGAUUUUAAGCGCACUUUGUCAAAGUAUGCGCCGAGUAUUGUAUCUUCCGCUAGUUUUCUCUCCAGUCGCAAUAAAACUCGUCGCAAUGAGGAGGCAAUUCUCACUGCAGAAAAAUUGAAUGCAGACGUUGAAGGAUUAAGGAUGGUCCUCAUUGGUGAUGUUCAUGAACUUCCAAUUAUUGAUAUGAAUGUGAGGCCUUUCAACAUUUCAGCUAACAAUUGGUCAAAUGAUGUUGAGCUACUCUCCACCAUUGAACUAUACGCAAACAUUUUCAACUACUCGCGAUCUAGCUGGGAACCUCUUGUGGAAGCCUUCCCAAUCUCGUUUCAUGUCUCCAGGGGCUCUGAUACCAAUGCUGCACUGGUGUUUGAUGUGGUAUCUAGCAAAAUUGCCAGUUUGAGUCUUUCUUCUAGAACAAUUGCUCUUCUUUCUCAAAUACCGUCCUCGAUCUAUGACCAUCAGGACCUUACCGUCAGAGGAGCCGAAAAGCCUUAUAAAAUUGUCAAUGACACGGGCAUGACUUUAAAUGUUUGGAUCGCAUCCGAAGACGAAAGCCAAAGGAAUCAGUUGACAAUUCUUGAAAGCAUGGAAUGCUUACCGUGGGAAUUUGAAGAUUGGCGAAGAGUUAGGGAGAACCUUGAUACCGAUAGCACUAUGAACAUGUUGGGAGUGGAAGUCGCUGACAAGAAAUAUGAAUCUUCUUUGAGGAUUGAUGUUACAGCAGAGGGCGAAGAUGUUUACACAUUAAGGCCUCCGAAAAAUGGAAUCCACACCAGGCUAGCUUGCGAGCUGACUUUGGGAGACGAUAACGUUAAGACGGUUACAAUAAGAUCGACGAUUGUGUUACAAAAUUCGACGUCUAACAUUUUGGAAUUUAAAAUGGCGGGUGAAGAAACAAUCCAAGAAUUAAACCCUGGGGAAAGUAGAUCAAUUCCAGCUGAGAAAGCUUACGAAACUGAAGUGAUUUUGAGACCAAAAGGAAAUUUUGAGUGGCCAUCGAGAUCCAUUAGGUGGAGGCAAUUGUUGAACCGUCCUCAAACAGUGACGUGCAGAAACAAAAGCCAGGAUAAUUUGUUCCAUUUUGAAAUCGAUGCUCAAUAUGAUCAUAACGAGCCACUAGCCCGGGUCUACCCUCACAUGAAAGUCAUUAUCUCUUCACCUCUUAUCUUGGAAAAUUUGCUGCCCUACGACAUGAGCUAUAGACUAUUAUGGAAGGAGUCUAAGCCGACAGGCUUUACCCGCAAGGAUCAGUCAGAACUACACCAACUUGCCAAGGGACAAAAGGUACUCAUACACAGUGUCACUUUAGAUGACUUUCUUUUAUUAGAAAUUCAUCCUGAUGAAGAGGACAUUAGUAUUUCAGAACAAUGCCUGAUAAAUACUCCCUACCGAUCGGAAUUACAGCCUGAAUCCAGACUAUCACUCAGAUAUAAGACUGGCCAAAAGCUUUUCUUGAAUGCUCAUUACAAGAACGUCGAGGGCUCAAGGGCUAAGAUAGUGAGCAUUUAUUCGCCUUACGUGAUAUUGAAUGGGACCAAUAGGGACCUUCAAAUCGAGGGCGACAAUAACAACAUAACUCUAGCGAAAGUGCUACUAACAGAGGACGGAAAUCGUUUUUCCAAGCCUACAAUGUUUUCUUUUAACCGCGACAAAAGCAACAGAAAUCGUGCCAGUGUGAGAUUUAAUGAUUCUGACUGGAGUAUUAGGACAUCUUUUGAUGCCAUAGGACAGGCUGUUGACCUCACAAUGAGUAUUCCCAACAAAAAUCUGGAGAGCAAUAUUGGCAUAACCGUGACCGAGGGUGAAGGCCGCUAUGCAUUUAGUAAACUCAUUCAUAUCCAACCGAGAUAUAUUAUCAGGAAUGAACUAGAUGCCGACAUUGAAGUCAGUGAAUUUGGAUCUACUAAUGUCUUUAUCGUCCAGACAAACAUCUCCUAUCCAUUGUACAAGAUGCGAAGUAUAUCCAAUAAGCACCUGAUAUUAAAAUACCUGGGGUCAAAUUCAGCGUGGUCUGCGCCUUUCAUGAUCAAAGAUAUAGGCUCAACUUACGUUAAGGUUUUGACGAGGGGAAAAGGUCACCAAUUAUUGAAGCUUGACAUUGUUCUUGAAGGAGCAACAAUAUUCAUAAACAUUGGCCACGCUGAUGGUAGCUGGCCAUAUUCUAUUCGAAAUUUCAGUGAUCAUGAGUUCAUAUUUUAUCAAAGAGACCCAAGAACUUUUGACAAUGAUGAUGAUUAUGAACUGUACGAUGAUCUCGCUGACAUGGAUUAUGAACCACUAUUCUACAAAGUUCCUCCUCGAAGCGUGAUGCCAUAUGCCUGGGACUAUCCUGCUGCACGCCAAAAGAAAUUGAUUUUAGUGGCCAGGAAACGAAAACGAGAGGUGCAGUUAGCCGAGAUUGGAAACCUCAAACCCAUGAGGCUUCCUGUCACCGCUCAAAAUGAGCAACGUGCGAUAGUUGACCUAAACGUCGUGGCAGACGGGCCAACACAAGCCCUUGUGAUCUCGAAUUAUAACCCUGAAUUCAGUCUAUACAAGCUCCGUUCUGCUCAGAAUACGUCCACUUCCCUCUCCACCGAGAGAGGGGAUCAGUUCGAAGUGCAAGAAGAGGACAGAAAUGUGCACACGAAAAUUAUCUUUGCAUUUGAAGGUGUCGGUAUAUCUCUUAUUAACACGAAAUUACAGGAGUUGUGCUACAUUACCUUAAACAAUCUCGAGUUGAGGUAUAAUGAGUCUGACUUAUACCAAACCGUCAGCUGCAAAUUGAAAUGGAUCCAAAUUGACAAUCAACUGUUUACUGGGAUAUUCCCAAAUAUUCUCUACCCAACGGCGAUACAGAAGACUUCUAAAGAGCUUGAUUAUCAUCCUGUUCUGUCAGGUUCAGUUUCCAAAGUCAAAGAUGAUACCCAUGGGGUCUUAUACUUUAAGCAUGCCACGUUAUUACUACAAGAGCUGACUAUACAGCUCGAUGAAGAUUUCUUAAUGGCACUCAUUGAUUUUUCAAAAAUUCCGGGAGCCUCUUGGCUACACGAGGCGGAGGAUUCCUUGUGUGACAGUUACGCAAUGCUUGUGCGGCCUGUGGAAUUACAGCGACAGAACGAUAUAUACUUUGAGAUGUUCCACCUUCAGCCUACCAUGCUCCAUUUAUCCUUUGUGCGAACCGAAGAUCUCAAUCCAGAAGACGAGAAAGUGGGUCCACAGAACGCGCUGUUGUUUUUCGUAAACGUUUUGACUAUGGCGUUAGGAAAUAUUAAUGAUGCACCCAUAAAACUAAACUCUUUGUACAUGGACAAUGUCAAAGUUCCCCUGCCAAUGCUAAUGAGCGCCAUUCAAACGCAUUACGGACAGCAAUUUUUCUAUCAAAUUCACAAGGUCCUUGGCUCUGCUGACUUCUUGGGUAAUCCUGUUGGUUUGUUCAACAAUAUAAGCUCAGGAGUGUGGGAUAUUUUUUAUGAGCCGUACCAGGGUUACAUGCUCAAUGACAGACCUCAGGAGCUUGGAAUUAGUAUAGCGAAGGGAGGCCUUAGUUUCGUCAAAAAAUCUGUUUUUGGCCUUUCAGACAGUUUUGCGAAAUUUACCGGGUCUGUAGCUAAAGGCUUAUCUGUUGCAACUCAAGAUCGUGAGUUUCAAGAACGUCGAAGAUUAGAACAGCGAAAAGCCAGAGGCAAUCAAGGUUUUAAUGGCUUUGGAACCGGUGCCACUUCAUUUGUCAACGGUAUAACAAGCGGUUUGCGAGGCAUGGCUGUCGAUCCUUUUACAGGCGCAUCACAGGAUGGCAUGCCCGGUUUUUUCAAAGGUCUCGGGAAAGGUAUCGUGGGGCUUCCUACCAAAACGGCAGUUGGUGUUUUGGAUCUGGCAAGUAAUUUUAGCGAGGGUAUAAGAAACACAACCACUGUAUUGGACGGUUCACUUGCAACUCGAGUGAGAUUACCACGCUACGUCGGUUUUGAUCAAAUUAUCAAGCCUUUUAACGAACGGGAAUCCCAAGGCCAAUUCUGGCUUAAAACUGCUAACGGGGGCGAGCUUAUCAAUGACAAGUAUCUCGCCCACGUUGUCCUUCCUGGGAAACAGCUGGCUGUGAUUGUUUCCAUGAGCCACGUUAUAGAAAUUCGUCUGUCUUCACUGGAAAUAAUGUGGAAGGUCAAAUAUUCUGACGUGAAAGCUAUGACAUUAGAACGCGCAGGUCUUGUAAUCACUCUGAGAAAUGCAUCUUCAGACUUAUUUGUACCAAUAUCGGAUUCCCAUGAGAAGAGAUUCUUGUACAAGAAUCUCUCCAUUGCUGUUAAUGAGUAUAACAAAUACUGUCAAGUGGAACUGUAA